CACACCAUCACGAGGACCGAGGAGCAGUUCCAAUGGCUCCGAAGGGCACCGCGCCGACGCUAAAAACCGGGGGCAGGGGCAACGCUAUGUUCCACCCCCUGUCAGAGGACUCAAGCCAGCAGUCAGAGCGGCAGUGGGCAUGCAGCAGCCACCGGACCUGGACACAUCAUAUCAGUUUGCGUUGUUACAUGAAGAAGUGGGUGCGAGCUAUUCAUUCCCAACUGUGAGCAACCAGUCGACUCGCCGAGCAAUAGCACUUCCCCUCCCUCCACCUCCUAGCAAACCUCAAGUGUCUGCUUCCGGUCCAAGAGCAUCUGAAGACAAGGAGAUCGCUGACAGUUAUAGACGUUCAGCUUCUGAAGAUAAAUGGGGAGCCCUGCGAGCAUUUCGCAAGGCGAAGGGCCUCUGUUUCAUCUGCGGUGAACACUGGGGCAAGGAUCACUUGUGCAAGCAAGAGGUGCAGUUGCACGUCAUGCAGGAAAUGGUUGAGUUCUUGCAAAACACAGAUGUAUCUAAAACUGACGACAUUGAUCCAAGUGCUUCACUAAACAUGAUUUCUAUCUCUGCGACAGCUAUGGGCAGUAAAUCUAAGAAAUCUGUCAGAACAAUGCAACUGAAGAUUCAGCUACAAGGCCACAACUACACCUUCCUGGUGGACUCAGGGAGCACCCAGUCGUUCCUCCACAGCUCUCUACAAUCAGAACUGCAAGUAGCAGUGCUUAUGCUACCAGUACCUGUCAGAAUUGCCAAUGGAGACAUAGUGACAUGUUCUAGUCAACUUCUGAAUUGCACCUGGUACUGUUCUGGAUAUCGGUUUAAUUCUGAUUUCAAAUUCUUUCCAUUAGGCAGCUAUGAUGGUAUUAUUAGUCUGGAUUGGCUCACUUCCCAUAGCCCAAUGCUGAUUGACUGGGAGAAUCAUUGGAUGUCCUUCCAACAUAACAAUGUCAACAUCACCAUCCUUGGAGCAGCAACAGUUAUUCCCGAAUUUGCCUUGGUUGAAGUGUGUUCACUUUUGUCAACUACAGACACACCUUUUCCAGAUGAGAUUCAGAAAAAUUUGAAUGAAUUUCAACAUGUAUUUGAAGCUCCCAAAGGACUCCCCCCUCGACGCCCAUAUGACCACAAGAUUCCAUUAAUACCUGGGGAUGUUCCUGUUUCUCUUCGACCUUACAGAAUGGCUCUAGCCCUCAAAACUGAAUUGGAAAAAAAAUACAAGAGAUGUUGGACAGUGGAGUUAUCCAGCCAAGCAAUAGCCCGAUUUCAUCACCUCUGCUUAUGGUCAAAAAGAAAGAUGAUACCUGGCGCACAGUGAUUAACUAUAGGCAUUUGAAUCAAGGAAAAAAUUAGCGCGCUACAGAAAAUAGCGUCGCUCCUGAAAAUACGCUAUUAGCGUGCUAUAGCGUGCUAUAACGUGCUAUUAGCGAGACAUUGUACAUUGAUUUAUUUGGCGAGACAAUUCUCUACACGCUAUAGCGCGCUAUUAGCGGCGUUAUAGCGUGCUAUUUUUUUCA